GCAUGAUUAACCAAGUUCUGAUGCAGAGUCUGCUGGAUUUACUUUUGUGCUGAUGUUUCACCAGUUUUGAGAUGAACGUUCAAGAAAACAGCUUGCCAGUUCUGGAGGCUUUUACCACACCAUAGACUGGCUGCAAACAUCAACAGUUGUGACAUGUUGACAUCUGUGAUUUCCAGGCAGCUCAUCCCAAAACUGGACUGUGUUUCCCAUUUUGAAAGGACUUCAGUUUUUCUCAAUGUGCGUGCGUUGCAGUGCAGCCUUGGAUCCAUCGUGGAACCAUAGUCCGCCCGGGCGCCUAGCCUUCGGGCCGGAGACACUACAAACCAGCAACUACUCUCUGGUUUUACUGAUUCAGCUCAGCCUGCUCUCCUUCGACCUGUUCGUCAACUCCUUCAGUGAGCUGCUGAGGGCUGAACCGGCUGUCCAGCUGAUCCUUUUCAUUAUCCAGGAUAUUGCCAUCCUGUUUAACCUGAUCAUCAUUCUGUUGAUGCUAUUUAACACAUUUGUGUUCCGGGUUGGCCUGGUCGCCAUAUUGCUGGAGCGAUUUAGAGCUCUGCUAAUGCUCUCUGCUCUCUAUUUGACCUUCAGUAUCAUACUGCAUUCCUGGCUUAUGAAUCUGCGUUGGCUGAAUACCAACAGAUUUAUUUGGACAGAUGGCCUGCAGGUGUUGUUUCUGUUCCAAAGAGCAGCGUCUGUGUUGUACUACUACUUGUACAAGAGGACCUCAGAGUAUCUGGGUGACCCUCGCCUUUAUGAGGAUUCACCGUGGCUGCGAGAAGUCUUUGCUCAGGUCAGACAUUGAUCAGUUUGUGCCACAAACCAGUGUAAAAAUGGCACAAUAAAAAUGGUCAUAUGGAAAGCAAAUAUGUUCCAAUACAAUGGGAAAUCACUGACCACUUCAAAACAGUGUAUUUUAAAGGUAUAGGAAAUGUAUAUGAAAUGCAUAUCCAGCCUCAAUACGGAUGACAUUUUGGGGCACGAAUUUUCAAAUUUAAUAUAAGAAAUACCUUCAGACCUAAAAUGCAUCUCUUCCAACACAUGCAUUACAAAUCUGUUUGGCAGGAAUUGUAGCCAAAAAAAAUAUAUAUUCGACAUAACAUUUCCUUCCAACGCAGGAAGGAUUGUGCCAAAAUCUGGUACGGCGUUUUAGAAUAACACGGACAGAACUUCUUAUCGGGCUGGUUUUGUUGUUCAAAUGGAAAAAUAACA